AUGGCCGUGGCGGUGGCUGCCAUUACAGCCCUCACUUCCGUCAUUCGGUCCAGCUCGGCCUCCACUGUGAUGGGGCUGGAGAAGGAGCUCAAGGACGCAGCCAAUGCCCUACAAAGAUGCAACGACACAGCCAUCUCCCUCAAGGCAGGGUGUGACCUAUUUCUGAGGUAUACAACCCGGACAUCUGCCUUGGAGCUGGACAAUUUUGCGAUGGUGAAGAAGAAGCUGAUCGAGAGGGGUCGCCACUUUGCAGACACCUCGAAGCGGGCGCGCGCUGCGAUUGCUGAGCAGGGUCAGAGGUUCAUCCGGUCAGGAUUCACCGUGUUGUGCCACGGGUACUCCCGCGUGGCACUGGCGGUGCUCAGGAAGGCCGUCGCAGCGGGCACCCAGUUCAAUGUGAUUGUGACAGAGGGCCGCCCCGACGAGACCGGGAUCACAACCGCACGCGCGCUCAAGGACUCGGGCGUGCCCACCUCUCUCGUCCUGGACAGUGGCGUGGGUUAUGUAAUGGAAAAGGUGGACAUGGUGCUGGUGGGCGCCGAGGCAGUGGUGGAGAACGGCGGCGUGAUCAACAAGCUGGGCACCUACCAGAUUGCGAUCGCGGCGCGGGCGCACUCUGUCCCUCUCUACGUGGCGGCCGAGUCGUACAAGUUCGCGCGCCUGUACCCGCUGAGUCAGCGCGACCUGCCCCUGGAGCGCAAGCAGAUCGACUUUGGCCCGCUGCUGCCGCCCCAGGUGGCGGUGGACAACCCCUCGCGCGACUUCACGCCGCCGGCCUACAUCUCCCUCCUUUUCACCGACCUGGGCGUGCUCACGCCCGCGGCAGUCUCCGACGAGCUCAUCCAGCUGUACAGUUGA